AUGGAGAAAAAAUAUGAAGGUUGUAUCACUUGCCAAUGUACUGAAAAUUUAUUCAACCUAUUUGCUGUAACUUGUGACGAAUAUUAUGGAACUUAUGCACAAGCUAUUGAAACCUGCUUUGAUUUAAAGGUAACCAGCGAUUUCAAGUAUAUUUGCAAGUCGUGUAUAGCUACACUGGAAGAUGCUACUAAAUUCAAGAACAAGACUAAAAGAAAUCUUGAUGCUCAAAAAACUACUAAAGCAGAUCAUGUGGAAUAUUUAGAUGAAGCAAUUCUGACGGAGGACGAGUGCGAAGGGUGGCAAACGUUGCUGCUGGAAGUGCGCAAGGAGGAAGAAGAGAGUAAGCCGUCUUUGCUGCACGCCGAGCCCACCAUAGACUGUCGGCUGUGCGGUGCCGAGCUUCGCGACUAUGAUGAUCACAUGAAGAGAUGCCAUAGCUCCAGCGACGAGGGAGAGAGGCGCAAGUACGCGUGCCACUUCUGCGAGAACGAGUACGCCAGCAAGAAGGCCUGCUUCACGCACCUUCGGAUGAAGCACGGCCUGAAACUAUGCAACGAAAACCCGAAGUACUCGGCGCGCGACCGCAAGGAGUGCCACGUCUGCGGCCGCGACUUCAGCCAGAAGCAGAUCCUCAACAACCACCUGUUGAAGGCGCACGGGAUUCAGGUGGAGAAGCGCAAGGCUUUCUUUUGCCCGCUGUGCCCGGAGCGCGUGAGCUACGGCAGCCAGUUCAGCGCGCACCUGCUGCACGCGCACGCCGUCACCGAGCGCGUCGAGCAGCUGGAGUUCGCCAACAUGGACGAAUUUCUGGCGUUCAAGAGCCUGAUCCAGGAGGAGACGAAGUACCGUUUCCGGAAGACGACGGCCAGCAAGCAGACCAUCGAGGGUGUGCGCUCCCACUACAUGUGCAGCCAGUCCGGCGUCUACGUCUAUCAGGGCAAAGGCAGGCGGCCGACGCCGGAGCGGCAGAUCUACAAGACGGGCAAGGCGUGCCCCGCCCACAUGGUCGUCACCGAAACGCUCCACAACGUCCUCGUCACCUUCUACACCACGCACGUCGGACACGGCAAGUGUCCUUACUACGAGGCGCGCGAGCCGAAGCGCGCGCGCGCCGCUUCGCCCGACGAUGUGGGCGGGGCCUGCGAGGUGGACGGGGCCUGCGAGACGGACGGGGCCUGCGAGACGGACGGGGCCUGUGAGGUGGGCGGAGCCUGCGAGGUGGGCGGGGCC